ACCCAUACACCUCCAGUUGUCGCCAGUCCAGUUUGUGACGUCACAUUCCUAACACUGUAGUUGGUUGUGCGCUUGUAAACAAAUAGGCUACUUAUUUCGUCCUGGGCACAGGGCUAGACACGCGGGAAAAAAUAGAAAGAGUGAACACAUCGAGCGCAGUGCACACGAAGCGGCGAUGCAACAGAUGUUUGCAGGUUAUUAGGUGGGAUAUUUUUGUCCUUUUAUUGGAGAAAAAAAUCGAGGGGGAAUGGAUUGUGUUAUGGCAGCCUUUUCUGUUAAUAACGCCACUGUCACUAACUCCAUCAUAAUGAACACCAAUGGGCCUCCUGAUCUGAUGCUGGACCCCAGAACUGUAUGUGUAUCUAUCGAUGAGGUGGUAUCCAAUCAUGUGAGAAGUCAACAGACUCCAUUAUUACAUGGGCAUCUCAAGAAAGUGGAGAACAGUCUAACUGAAGCCCAACGUUUUUCCUACCUGCCACGUCGACCAGCAGUUAACAUUGAAUUCAAAGAUGUCUGCUACUCAGUUCCUGAGGGACCAUGGUGGGGAAAGAAAGGUUACAAGACCCUGCUGAAAGGGAUCUCUGGGAAAUUUACCAGCGGCUGCCUGGUGGCCAUCAUGGGUCCCUCAGGAGCUGGGAAAUCUACGCUGAUGAAUAUUCUGUCCGGCUAUAGGGAAACGGGGAUGAAGGGGGAGAUCUUGAUCAAUGGACAGCCUCGUGACCUGCGUUCUUUCAGGAAGGUCUCGUGCUACAUCAUGCAGGACGACAUGCUUCUGCCUCACCUCACAGUACAGGAGGCCAUGAUGGUGUCUGCUAAUCUGAAGCUCCAGGAAAAGGACGAGGGCAAGAGAGACAUGGUGAGGGAGAUCCUGACGGCCCUGGGCCUGCUUGAGUGUGCGAAAACUCGAACGUCACAUCUUUCAGGGGGGCAGAGGAAAAGGCUGGCCAUCGCCCUAGAGCUUGUCAACAACCCUCCCAUCAUGUUCUUUGAUGAGCCCACCAGUGGCCUGGACAGUUCCUCCUGUUUCCAGGUGUUGUCUCUGCUGAAGGCCCUGGCCUAUGGUGGCCGCACCGUUAUCUGCACCAUCCACCAGCCCAGCGCCAAGCUCUUUGAGCUCUUCAACAAGCUGUAUGUCCUUAGCCAGGGCCAGUGUAUCUACAGAGGGAAAGUGCCUAACCUGGUACCUUACCUUAGAGAGCUGGGGCUCAACUGCCCAACAUACCACAAUCCUGCAGACUUUGUGAUGGAGGUGGCGUCUGGGGAGUACGGUGAUCAGACGGCUCUUUUGGUGAAGGCCGUGCAGGAGGGGAAAUGUGAGCAGGUCUACAAGACAGACAUGAAUGAUGGAACCCUCAACCCCUUCCUGUGGCACAAAUCUUCUGAGGAUUCCCCUUCCGGUGAGGGCUGCCACAGUUUCUCAGCCAGUUGUCUGACUCAGUUCUGCAUCCUGUUCAAAAGGACAUUUCAAUGCAUCAUUAGAGAUACAGUGCUGACUCACCUAAGAAUCACCUCUCACAUUGGGAUUGGGAUUCUGAUUGGCCUGCUCUAUCUGGGCAUCGGCAACGAUGCCAAGAAAGUGCUCAGCAACUCCGGCUUCCUCUUCUUCUCCAUGCUCUUCCUCAUGUUUGCUGCUCUAAUGCCUACUGUUCUGACGUUCCCUUUGGAGAUGGGAGUGUUCCUAAGAGAGCACUUGAACUACUGGUACAGUCUGAAGGCUUACUAUCUGGCCAAGACUAUGGCAGACCUCCCCUUCCAGAUAGUGUUCCCAGUCGCCUACUGCAGCAUCGUCUACUGGAUGACGUCCCAGCCGCCUGACGCUGUACGUUUCAUCCUUUUCUUGGCCCUGGGAGUCCUCACCUCUCUUGUGGCCCAGUCUCUGGGCCUGCUGAUAGGAGCGGCUUCCACCUCGCUACAGGUUGCCACGUUUGUAGGUCCGGUGACUGCCAUACCCGUGCUGCUUUUCUCUGGCUUCUUUGUCAGUUUUGACACAAUUCCGUGGUAUCUUCAGUGGAUGUCAUACAUUUCAUAUGUCAGGUAUGGCUUUGAAGGUGUCAUCCUCUCCAUCUACGGGCUGGACCGGAAGGACCUCCACUGUGACAAGGAUGAAACAUGCCACUUCCAGAAGUCGGAGGCCAUCUUGAAAGAGCUUGAUGUGGAAGAUGCCAAACUGUACCUUGACUUCAUAGUGCUUGGCAUGUUCUUUGUGACCCUCCGUCUCCUCGCGUACUUUGUGCUGCGCUAUAAGAUCAGUGCAGAGAGGUAAACUGGGGAGUGGCGGAAGGCCCAGAUCGCUUGCAAGCUGGAAUUCUGCUUCUAGAAACCUCCAGGCAGUGGCCCAGAAAUACACCAACUUUUGGCCAAAGACUGCAGAAUAUAGACAACUGUUGUGUGAGGGUGUGCAUGCAGUAUGACUCUACUUAGCUUAGACAAACAAAUAUGGCAGAGAGGAGCUCAGUGCCUAAGGCCAUGGAUGACUCCCAAUAUUACAAGAACGUUCUUGUUUAAAUACCAAAACCAAGGCUCCUGUCACAGUAGGAAUCUAGAUGUAAUCGCCUUGUGCAAGGGAACCAACUGUAAGUCAUGUAAGAGUUUGUUGUUGAUAGGCUCUUGUCUAGUCUGUAGUUCCAGACUGGUUUAUAUGAUCACUGUGUGAAACCAAUUAAAUGAAAUAGCUUGGUGGAAGGACAAUGGGAAGACAGGGCCACACUUAAACAGGAGCUGGUUUCCUCCAAUGUGUGUUUAUUAUAUAGGACUGCCAAAUCAAAUGGGUCUGUAAUCUGGGACCCUCGGUCAAUACAGGGAAAGGUACAAUAGUUCUUGUUGCUAAUGUGGGAUAAAGCAAUCACAUACAUUCCAAGCAUAUGAGUACAGUACCAAUAUAUACUGUCAUUUAUCCUGGGUGAGUUUCCCGAAACAAAUGUGGCAUGUGGCGCUCAACAGCCUAGCCUCUCAGGCGCGAGAGUAACUGUGCUUGAACAAACUAAUUAAUAAAAUGAAGCACGUUCUAUGUGUGGCAUCGGCGGGGGUCUGGGUUUUUGAGAGAAAUAAAGUACCACGUUAUUGCUCAGAGGCCUGUGGUUGUGAUUAUAGGGCUUGAAUAGUUGAAGGAAGAUUAUGGGGGAUAUGAAUUCUGAUGUGACUGUGGCUGGCUUAGUAUUACAAACCAGAAUCCUAACCUGAGAUCUGAGCAUGUAACACAAACAGAAAGUUAAGUAUUACAUUAUCUCAAGCAUUACCAACACAGCUUAGUUUGAAUGGCAUGGAGGAUGGAUACAAUACUCUUUUAGUCACUCCACAGUCAGUCAUGUAAAAUAGAAUUGAGAAUGAAGAGCAUUUUAUACUAGCUCAUGUUCAUUUUAUCAAACUUAAUGCCAUGGUAAAGUCACUAAGGCUAAGACUGUUGGUAGCGCUAUAGGUCCAGAGGUGUUUUUUUUGUUGCUAUUUUCACUGCAGAAAUUAUGGGCGCAGUAGCUGGCCCUGUGAAAAAGGGCUGGGAUAAAUUGGGAGGCUUGUCCCCUCACUGGCCAAUCAGAACGUGGUCCAUGGCUAAAUAUGUGGGUGCUUCUAAGUUGUGUAUUUAUGUUUCAUGUUUUAAGUUGUUAUCAAAGCCAAUUUGAAUGUUAGUCCGCUAUAGCCUAGUUUGUUAAAUAGCCUACAGAAACAAAAUAACAUGUAGGCAUAUUCCAUCUUUGCUAAAUACAUUGAACAUGUUUGCAGUCCAUAUUGUUCAAAGUAUUGUUCUGCCAUUGCUUCAAUAUGGAAAUACACUACCGUUCAAAAGUUUGGGUCACUUAGAAAUGUCCUUGUUUUUGAAAGAAAAGCUAAUUUUUUGUCCAUUAAAAUAACAUCAAAUUGAUCAGAAAUACAGUGUAGACAUUGUUAAUGUUGUAAAUGACUAUUGUAGCUGGAAACUGCAGAUUUUGUAUGGAAUAUCUAUAUAGUGUCGUGGAAGGAUCAGAAUUUGUUGGUAACAUUUGUAAGAUGUUUAAUAUUCAUCAAAUGUGUGUAAGUUACUUCUCAUCAGAAUGGUAUUUUUGUGUAAUUCUGUGGUGAGGUUGCAGUUAUCUGUUUCUAUGUCAAAACUAAGUUGCAUGGGCCACUGAGAAGGGAGAGGUCAAAAUGUCAUCAUGUGUAAACAUAUCUUUCACUCCCUACCUUUUUCCCAGUGGAGAAAGAAGGGUUGCAGUGUCUGGAAUCAUUCUAUGCUCCCUCUUAUGUUGUUUCUAUCUUAACCUAUAGCCUCACCCUCCUCUCCGUGAGUUUGUCCAGGAGGUUGUAUUUUGAGUUGGUUGUAUCUAAAUGACAAUUUGAUAUAUGCCUGUUGAUUUGGAGGAUUGGUUUAUGGUUCUGGGGUUUGGGAAAGGAGACAAAGCUGAACAAAGAUGAAUUAUGUCUAUGCUGUCUGACUAUGUGUGUUCUUUGCUAUUAAAGGAACUCAGUUGCAUUGUAAGGGGGCUCUCAGAGAAUUCAGGGGGAGACACUGAAUUUAUCUGAGAGUCACAGGAUUGUGAUAGAGCUGAUAUAAUUAAAGAUGGACUUUGAUAACUAACUCUGACUUGGUUUGCGCUCAUGAUUUUGUAAAUAGAGGAAAUUUCCACGACAUUUGGCGACGAGGAGGAGAUGUGAAUCUUCACUCGGUGACCGUUCCUACGAUCUAGGUAAAUAAAUUAUGCACGAGGGAUCCCCUAAACUUGGGAUCUCAGGGAGAACCACACUUCGGGAACGAAGUGAUCACAGUGGGGAUUUGGUGAGGUCUGUCGGGGUGAUGGGCCAGGUGGUCUGUGUGUUCUAGGUGAAACACGGCACUUGGUGAAGCCCUAUUGGAAGAAGGACCUCAUUCUGUGUAUCUGUGUGAUUUGUCUAAGUGACCCUCAGAUGUGGUGAAUUCCAAUAAUUUUAAAUGUGCUAGCCAGGUAUGCCCUGGGAUUACUCUGUGUGAGUAUGUAAUAGUGAGUCGGACCGUUCUGUGUGAGCGGGAUAGGGUUUACUCUGUGUGGGCAAACCUUUUGAUGUUCUGUGUGUACAUCAGAACAAUUCUAUGUGAAAAAUCCGACCAAUCCUGUGUGGAUGAUCCUGAAAGUUCUGUGUGAGCGGGGUAGGGUUUACUCUGUGUGGGCAAACCUUUUGAUGUUCUGUGUGUACAUCAGAACAAUUCUAUGUGAAAAAUCCGACCAAUCCUGUGUGGAGGAUCCUGAAAGUUCUGUGUGAGCGGGGUAGGGUUGACUCUGUGUGAGUAACUAAGAUUUUUAAAGUUUUAUAUGGAUUCUGUGAAUGAUUUGAAAUGAUGAUAAAUGGUAUGUGUGUAUAAAGUAAUGCGGAGAAUGAUUAGAUACAAUUUAAACCACUCAUUCGUAGACGUACGUAGGUUUUGAGUUGAUAUCUUAAAUGGAUAAUUUGAUAAAGAUGAAGUUUUUAAGCACUAUUAAAAUAAUCUACAAAAUCUGGGAAAUUGAGCUCUAGAAACUGAUUAGAGUGUGUCCACUUUUGGUUAUCUUACCCUAACGAUGUAACUAUAGAACGCAUAUUGGAUUAUCUCCGUCUGGGUGAAACAUGUUAAAUUAAACUGCCCUUAAGGUAGUUAUAAUGUUAUAAUUUUUCUUCCCAGUAUGAGAGAAAUUGCGGGAUUUAUUGAAUAAACUGUUUUCCAUAAAGUUAAAGAGAAUUCGAGGGAUGCUCGAUGUAAUUUAUUAAUGUCAUACAAAGCCUAAGGUUUUCCAUCAAACUAAUUAUCCUUGCGUGAUUCAUGUGAUGUAGUAAAGUAAUUGAAAUACGUUGCAUAAGUAAACAUAAUCUACUUUUACUGUUUCCUAGUCAUUAGUGUCGAUUUUAUUCUUUAAUUGCUAAUAUGUGUAAUUUGGAAUUUGAGAAUCAUGGCUGGAAUUUGAGAAUCAUAGCUGGAAUUUGAGAAUCAUAGCUGGAAUUUGAGAAUCAUAGCUGGAAUUUGAGAAUCAUAGCUGGAAUUUGAGAAUCAUAGCUGGAGUAACAUUUGUACUAUUAAAAUUGGGCUGUUAUUCUUCUGGGAAUUACCGAUAGUGAUGUGUUUUGAUGUUACUUUGUAAAUGGGGUUUAUAUCCGGAGUAAUUUUUGUUAUUCGCAAUAGCAUUGGUGGUUCAGUGGUAGAAUUCUCUCCUGCCCCGCGGGAGGCCUGAGUUCCAUUCCCAGUCAUGAUUCUGGCUGUUCAGAGUUUUUGAUUGUAAAUAAUCUAUUUGUAUGUUUUGCCUGGAAAGUUAUGGUCGCUAGUGUUUGUAUAAGAGAUAAAUUGAACGUUUUCAAUAGAUUGUUUAGGUUAAAUUGAUAGACUAAUUCAAUUUAAAAUAAUAAAGAAGCGAAUUCUGAUGCAAGACGAUGUCUGUUCACUAAGUUAUCUGCUGGAAUAAUGUAUUGAGAAUUGGGUCGGAUUUAAAUUACUGUAUCAAUAGAGAAGACAGUUACCUAAGUUACCUAAGACACUCUGAAUUAUAGAUUGACUGACGCAUGUUAUAAUUCUAGCGCUGCGUGUGCUAUUUUUAAAGAAAUAGGAUACAUUUCAUAAGUGUGGAGAGCAGAAGAGGAAGUUAUAAAGUUGGGUUUUAAUCUUACGAUAGGAGGUAAGGAAAAACGUUGAAAUGAGAGGGGUUAUAUUUUUGCCCACUGGGGGAAAAAAAGAAAUAGGAAAGUUUAGUUGAAAGUAUGGAAGAGAGAUAGUUGUUAUGUUGGCUACUAAUUGUCAGGGAAAGUUGCUGGAGGCAGGUAGAUUGUUGUAGAAUAACGUCAAUUUGCGUUAUUAGUUUGAAUAUACAAUAACCUUACUCUAAUUGUUUUGACCGUUGUUCAGGUACAUUUUUUUCUGUAUUUCUAGCAGCUGAUUCGCUAGGUGGGCAUCAUAGAUUUGUGGCGUUUAUAUUUACUGUAUUAGGCUAUGAGAAUUGGGAGACUGGAUCUCUGAAUCAUAAAACAUCGUAAGGAUAGAUUCUGAUGGUUAUUGAUUCUUGGUUUGAUUGUUUAAGUAACACCAGUUAAUUUGAGCAGGAAAGUUCAUGUAGUCUAACGUUAUGGUAUGUUUCCAUUAUGUGGAACAAUGUCAGGUCAUUAAAAUGGUUGCUGGAUUGAAUGGUAUGAGAACCUGUUGACAGAAGACUGAAUGGGUAUGAAUGUUGAAAAGCAAGAUUGGGCCAAACUAGUAAACUAGUAUGUUAAGUGGGGGAGUAUCAUAGAUUUUAAUUACAGUGUUGUUACCGCAAUAGUCAAAACAAUAUGUUUUGGGAAAUUAGCGAGGUUGAAUUUUGUAUUUGAGUUCCUUUAUAAUUUGCUUUUUAAAAGAGAGGUUGGAAUCAAGUAUGAUGCCUUGGCACUUAAAAUCAGAUACCACCAGGAGCUUUUUAGUAGUAGUUGUUUUUUGAGGAACAUGCAGACUGUGUUUUAUUUUAUUGAGAUGUACACAUCUCUGAGCAAUUUUGUCAUCUGAAUCAUUUAUAGUAGUGAGUUUUUGUGUAGUCUGUUAUUUGCAUGACUUUAUCAAUGUAUCAUCUGCAUACAUUGGAAUUUCAGACCCUGUACAGACUAAAGGAAGAUCAUUAAUGGAUGUGCUGAACAGUAUUGACCUUUGUGGAUAUCAGUGGGGGGAAAAAAAUACGUUUAUUUGUAUUUUUACGAUGAUGAGACAGCACCGACUUUUGAAGGAUUUUAGAUUUGUAAAAAAAAAAAAUCAGGAUUGGUUUUUACAAAAUUUAUAUUGACAGAUUUAAAUGAUUAGGUUGCUGAUUAAGAGUUUUUUUAGGAGUUGAUUUAACUUAAUUAAACAUUGUAUCAUACAUAUACAUUUGAUUUGAUUAAAACUUAUGAUUAAUGAUUUGAGGUACAAUGGAAUUAUCAUUAGGUUUGGUUUAUAGUUUCACGUUUGAGUUUGAGUUUCUGAAUCAUGUAGUGUAAUGAAUACUAAGUGAUUAUACUAAAUUGAUAUUUCACUGUCUCUCUCUGGAAUGUGUCCAGGGACGAUACUCUUGGGGAGAGUGAGUGAAGGGAGGCCAUAAACUACCACAUUGGAGGGGGCCGGGAAGUUUUUUGUUGUAGUGCAAAGGUAUUAUAGGGGCACUUUUAUUUUAUUUUCUGACUUUUCAUUACACACGCAAAUGAUUUUGAUAAAGGAAUGUUCUGGCAACAUGGAAAAACGAAAAUGUCUGGAACUAGUUGAUUGUUGUUUGCAAAUUGUUUUUUAUGAUGAAAAACACUGCUUUGAAGGUUUUGUAUGACCUAUGACCUUCUGAUGACUUUCCAUUGUGGCUUGACCACCCGCAUUGGAAAACCAUUUGGAUAAUAAAUGUAUGGUCAUUUGUAAUACUGCUUUCAAAAUAAUUUGUGUAAUUGGUAAAUAUGUUUCUUAUCCAUAUGUGUAAUUUGGACCAGUGUGAAGAGGGAGUAGGGUAUUGCUUUUAACUAAGGGUAUGCUGCUUUAAGUCUAUUUUCCUAUGACCAUAGGGGUUAAAUAAUUUUUCUUUGUGGAGUUUUUUUUCAGUUUAGUGAUUUUAAUUUGAUUAGGUUAGCUGAAAUCUUGUUUUACAUUACUCUCAUACGGAGAGAUGUGUAUAAAACAUGGGGGAGGAUUCCGUUUUUUGAGGGUUUGAAUUAAAGUUAUACAAUUUAAGUGAUAUGUGAAUGAGUGUAUUGUAUUGUUGAGUGUAUUGUAUUGUUGAGUGUAUUGUAUUGUUGUGUUUGUUUUGUUCUAUUCCCAAGAGAUAUAGGUCUAAUUUCUUGAUCCUGGGCUCUACGAUGGAGUUGACAGUGAGAUGGGGAGUAUAAACCAAUUUGAAAGAAUAGUUUCAAUAGAAUGUUUUGAUAUUCUCUGUGAAAUAUGUUUAGAUAUGUGUAUUAAGAAUAAUUGGUAAAAGUAAUCAUUUAUCAUGUAGUUAAUGAACUGAACUAAACUGUUGUUCUGAUCUGUUCUUUCGAGGUUAUCAUGAAAAGUGACAUCAGACGGUAUCUUAAUGCAUGGAAGAGAUAAUUUGGACCGAAUGGUGUGUGUACCUCAAAACCCCCUCUAACUGGCUGAAGAAGAGAGACAAAGGCAUUGAAGGAGGCUUUCCAAACCACUUCUACCGAGAGAAAAGAACCAAGGCAGAAAUUGGUGUACAGUAUCAGAUCUAAGCUAUCAACUGCUUUUCUUUCAUGGUUCUGUCAUACUGUGAUGAGUCCACUUGGAGUGAUCAUGGAGAAAGAUCUGUUCUAACAUUUUCUUAUGAUGCUGGUAUGUUGGUUGACGAAUGGACAAGACAUGACUGGUAAAGAUGAGACAUUGAAAUUGGGACAUUAUCAUGGGCCGUCCAUUUUGAACUGUAAAGCUAUCUGAAGAAAAACGAAGAUGCCAGAAGAUGCCGUGCCUGUGGGUUUAAUCAAACUGUGCCAUUAAAAUUGUUUAUACUUUUGUGGUAUCAGAUUGAUUGAAGAGGUCUACACCAUGUAAAUUGUAGUAAUUUAGAUUAAGAAUGCAUUGAGAUACUGAUCUGUAUUCAAAUCAUGAUUAAAAAGUUAAUAGUAGAAUUAUGGGAUAAUUAUACUGUAUGUAAAUCUGCUAAUAUUGAUGUGUGUUAAAUUGAGGUUUUUACUUUAAGUGAUAAUGACCCAUUUGAAUCACUGAGGAAUGUUGGAUAAAUAGUUGGGUUGUUACUUAUUAUUUGGAAUAUGAAUGAUUUCAAUGCCCUAUGCUCUAUUCCUGAGUAUAUUUCUGAGCAUGAGUACUUAGAGGGGUGUCUGUCCUAUAUGUUGUGAGGAGGCCUGUGUUUAGACACUGGUUCUCAUGUAACUUAAAGAGCAUAAAUAUGUUAUGUUUUUAUUUUUCCUCAAAUGGAUUAUUCUGUGUUAUUAAAACAUGUGCAAGUUUGUCUUGUA